AUGUCAGGUGCUGCGGAGACUUCCACGAGUCCCUACGAGGAUGGCGGGCACGCGACGCGGAGAGGUCAUGCCCCCCAUCUGUCGAUUAGCGAUCCAAGCCACCAUGUGACGGAAGCCAUCGGGCAUAUGUACGACGACGACUACGAUCGUAAUGAUCCGAGACGCCUUAGCUAUAUAACCUCACCACUGGGCGAAUCAAUAACAACCAUCCCGCGGGCCGCCGCAGGAUCCGAGUCGUCUCUUUCGCCGUCCUCGCCACUGCAUCAAUCUUCGUUGGAUGGACACACGAUAUCGAACAAUGGGAACCGAAGGCCGCCGAUGGUUGGGAACCGCUCUUUCGACCGCGAGAGCGAUUCCGGGCUUGCCGAUGGCACUCGUUCGCCAUCGGAGACUGCGACCUCCUCCUUUCCUAUCAAUAACGUCGACUAUGAAUCCAACCCCGCCGCCGUUGCCCAGGAGCUGAACAACCUCGCCGCGAUUCGGCGCAUGUCCAUGGAUGUGGCAGCCGCCGCACCGAAGGAGUUCAAGUCGUUUCUCGAUAGCAAAGCCGACCAAAUCAAGCGUAGGUCCGCGGAUUAUUCAACUUUGGGGCCCGAACGUCCAGGGUCGGCAGGUGGUCUUAAUCGCAAGCGGUCCAUGUUAUCAAGACAAAUCGACAGUUCUUCAAGUUAUACAGAUGGCGCGGAUCGGCUGGAACGUCAACGCUCCCAGUCAAGCAAACGAGAUGGCAUGUUGAGUCCAAACCUGCAACAGUUGGAAACCUUGGUGGACGAUUCGAAACAGCGGGACAUUGACCCACUCGUACGUAGCAUGCAGAAUGUUGGCAUCGCAGGAAAUGACGACAAGCCGAUUCUGCCUCCCGCGCCUCCCGGAAACAGCCUUCGUCGGUCAACACGAACACAAUAUAAGAAAGCCGGCAGCUUGAAGAAAGGGGAGAAAUUGCCAUAUUCAAAACGGGUGGGACGUGGGCAAUCUGAAUCUGCCGGGAGUGAUCCAAAGCUUCCGGUUGUUACUCCUCCCGAUUCAGCUAUUCUGGGACUCACUCGUGUCUCGACUGAUCCUACUCCCAAAGCCACCCGAGCGGGCCGGGCCGCCUCUGCCUCUGCCUCGACACAUAGCUCAGGUCCCCCGGGUUCCAUCCCAAAUUUGACAUUUGAGUCGAUUAUUGAUCAACCUGAGGCUGAGCAAGAAGUGUUGCCUACCUCUGGUGGGCACCCGGAUGGCGCUCAGGGUCAGGCCGAUGCGGGAGACGCGGUACAUGCGCGACAAUGGCAUUCGCGGAUCAGUUCAAAUGGUAGAUCUACGUUGAACAUCGCCCCGGCCGACCAAAAGAUUCCCGCAAUCAUUGAAACGCCCCCCGCUACUGAGCACAACCGCAUACCAAGCCCGCCUUCGCAGAAUGGCUGGUCAUCGGAUCGUAAUGCUACAUCUACACCUCCGCCGAAAUCUUCAUCCUCGCAUGAUCCAGCACCAAAGCGGCCCAAAAUGCCCCGCCAGCCUGCUCACGAACCUGCAUCAUCAUUAAAUGAUUUUGCUAACAAUCCUGAGUUGGUACCUGGCAAUAAUACUCGCACUGACAGCCUUUCGUUCAUUCCUACGAUCCCUGAAGAACGCAAGUCCGAGGAACGGAAACCCGAGAGCAAGAGGUCGAAAGACAAAAAGGACUCCGAAGGCCGCAAGUCUAGCUGGCAUUGGUUGCUAGGCAGCGAAGAAAGAGACAAGAAGAGGGACAAGGAAAAAGACAGUGACUCUAAAAGGACCAAGUCGAAGACAGUCGACAAAGCCCAUGAUAGCACACGCCUGGAUGUACUACAGUCAUCCAUCGAUAGCACUCCGCGGGGUCGCGAAAGCCUUGUCUUAGAUCGCCUUGAUCCGAAGCUAGAAGAGGAACGUCGGAAAGACAGCGUCAGGAGAACAUCCGGUGAUUCAAAGAAGGAGAAGGAUGGCAUAUUCUCAUCAAUCUUUGGCGGCGGCCGGAAAAAACACGGUGGUGAAGGCCAUCACCGAAAACACUCUUCUAGAAAUCUUUCUCUCGAUCCACCAAUGCGAGUACUUCGCGCCGACGUCGACUAUCCCUGGACGCGCUUCUCGAUCAUGGAGGAGAGAGCUAUCUACCGUCUGGCGCAUAUGAAGCUUGCUAAUCCUCGGCGAGCGCUAUACUCCCAGGUACUACUAAGUAACUUCAUGUACUCAUAUUUGGCCAAAGUGCAACAGAUGCACCCGCAGACCCCAGCUGCUCCAUCUGCAUCAUCCCAGAGGUCAUCAAAAUCUCGGGACCAGCCAGAGGAAUAUUUGCAAUAUCAGCGCUAUCAAGACUCCCAGGAGCAACAGCACUACGGCGAUAGUUCCUACGACGAUCCUUCCAUGUAUGACUAUGACGACGAUCCGCAUGAUCGCUACGGCGGCCAUUCGAGGGGCGACACGCACGGCUAUGACAAUGGCCAACUUUAUGGCCCAGAGCAUUACCAAUAUGGACACUCGUCCUUUGGCCACGACGUCCAACUUGACGAUGACGAUGACGAUGACAUGUGGUGA